AUGAGUGUCUGGAGUUGGCUUACUUUCCCUCAGGGGAUGUUACUGUACCUUGCUCUCCAAACAGCUGCUGUUCAGCUCCCCCCUGAACUUCACAACUGUACCAGAAAUGGUCAGAAAAUCUCCUUCAGCCACUCAUACAAGAUUGACCUACCCAAAUCAUCCCAGAUCAAGGUGGAGGCGGACCCGUUGCCGCUCAAAGACGACAGUCAUGUGCUGCUUGCUGCUGGGGAUGCGGAGGAGGAGGAGGAACAGAAUAUCAUAUUCAGGCACAACAUCCGAGUUCAGACACCAAGAGGUGACUGUGAAGCUUUGGGACACAUCAAAGAUCUGCUGGAAAGGAUGAAAAAGAUGGAGAAAGAAAUGAUGGUACUAAAGGAGGCCUGCAGUAUACAGAGCUGCUGUGGGGGAGUCCAAGGUGUCUCGAAUUGCAGUGGCCAUGGAACUUUCAUCCAAGAGAGCUGUGGAUGUGACUGUGAUGAAGGCUGGGAGGGCAGCGAUUGCUCCCGCCCCAGCUGCCCCAACAAUUGCAACGGCAAUGGACGCUGCGUUGAUGGCAAAUGCAUCUGCAGCAAACCCUACGUUGGUGAAGACUGCAGUCAGCGGCUGUGCCCUAAGAACUGCAGUGGCAAUGGGAUCUGCAACAAUGGUGUGUGCCAGUGCUAUGAGGAGUUCAUGGGAGAUGACUGCAGUGAGAAAAAAUGCCCCAACGACUGCAGCGGCAACGGUUUCUGUGACAGUGGCGAGUGCUACUGCCACGACGGUUUCAUUGGGCUUGACUGCUCCCAGGUCAUUGCUCCUCAGAAUGUGCAGCUGCUGAAGACCACGGAAGAUUCCUUGACCUUCAGCUGGGAUCAGGUGCUCGAUGUGGAUUAUUACCUCCUCAGCUAUUAUCCAAUAGGGCACGAGGCCUCUGCAGUACAAAUCCAAGUGCCAAAAGGACAGCUCAGCUAUGAGAUCCCGGGCCUUCGCCCUAGCACAAAGUAUCAGAUCACACUUCGUUAUGUGAAGAAGGGGAUUUCCAGUAACCCAGAACACCUACAAGCAAGGACAGCCCUAUCUGCAGUUAGCGCUGCCUGGGUGACAGAGGAGAUGGAGGACUCGCUGGAAGUGGAGUGGGAGAACCCCCCAACAGAGCCAGACUAUUUUAAACUGAGGUUCAGCUCACCGCAAGGGCAGGAGAAGGAGGUGGUGGUGCCUAAAAGCAGUGACCCCAAGAGCAGAUACAUCAUCAGCGGCCUGAAGCCUGGCACAGAGUAUAAGAUCAUUAUCAUAUCUGUGAAGGAUGAGAUUGAAGGAAAACCAUCUAUAGUGAAUGGCCGCACUGGAAUAGACAGCCCAACUAACCUGGAGACCGACCAAGUGACAGAGGACACAGCUACCAUCUCCUGGAACAGGGUCCAGGCUCCCAUUGACAGAUACAUGGUGAGCUACACCUCAGCUGAUGGGGACACCAGAGAGAUAGCUGUAGGGAAAGACCAGAAUACCACUACCCUGAUGGGUCUGAAGCCAGGCAUGGAGUACGUGAUCUACUUCUGGGCUGAGAAGGAAGGCCUGCAGAGCAAGAGGGCCAACACUAAAGCUGAGACAGAAAUUGACAGCCCAACAAAGCUGGUGACGGAUCGAGUGACAGAGGACACAGCUACCAUCUCCUGGAAUGAGGUGCAGGCUCCCAUAGACAGAUACAUGGUGAGCUACACCUCAGCUGAUGGGGACACCAGAGAGAGAGCCGUGGGGAAAGACCAGAGCACCAUCACCCUGACAGGUCUGAAGCCAGGCAUGGAGUACAUCAUCUACAUCUGGGCUGAGAAGGGAGGCCAGCAGAGCAAGACGGCAAACACUAAAGCUGUGACAGACAUUGAUAGCCCAACUAACCUGGUGACCAAUCAAGUGACAGAGGACACAGCCACCAUCUCCUGGAACAGAGUCCAGGCUCCCAUAGACAGAUACAUGAUGAGCUACACCUCAGCUGAUGGGGACACCAGAGAGAUAGACGUGGGGAAAGACCAGAGCACCACCAGCCUGACGGGUCUGAAGCCAGGCAUGGAGUACAUCAUCUACAUCUGGGCUGAGAAGGGAGGCCAGCAGAGCAAGAGAGCAAAGACGAAGGCUGUGACAGAAAUUGACCCUCCCAAGAACCUCCGUCUAUCAGAUGUGACACAGUCCAGUGGCGUAGUUACCUGGACACCACCUGCUGCACAGUUCAGUGGCUACACUCUGACCUACCAGGCUCCAGAUGGCACCAGCAAGGAAGUGCAACUGGGUCCUAAUGAGCAAAGGUUCAUACUGGAAGGCCUGGGACAAGGAGUGAGGUACACAGUCUACGUGGUGGCCUUUAAGGGAGACCGCCGGAGCAGAAAGGCAGCCAACACCUUCUUGACAGUUGCCUUCCUCUACCCAUAUCCUGCUGACUGCAGCCAGACCCAGCAAAAUGGGAAUGCCACCAGUGGCAUGUACACUAUCUACCUGAAUGGUGAUGCUGGCAGGCCCAUGCAGGUGUACUGCGACAUGACCACCGACGGAGGCGGAUGGAUAGUGUUUCAGAGGCGGAACACAGGGCAGCUGGAUUUCUACAAGCGCUGGAGGAAUUAUGUCGAAGGCUUUGGAGAUCCCCUGGGGGAAUUUUGGCUUGGUCUUGACAAGCUGCACAACCUCACUAGCAGUACUCCCAUCCAAUAUGAGAUCCGGGUGGAUUUGCAAACCUCCAAUGACUCUGCCUAUGCUGUCUAUGACUUCUUCCAGGUGGCUUCAAGCAAGGAUAAGUACAGGCUCUCUGUGGGGAAUUACCAAGGCACUGCCGGAGAUGCGCUGACUUACCACAAUGGCUGGAAAUUCACCACCUGGGACAGGGACAACGAUGUGGCUCUGAGCAACUGUGCAAGGUCGCACCAUGGUGCCUGGUGGUACAAGAACUGCCACUUAGCUAACCUCAAUGGCAAAUAUGGAGAAAACAAGCACAGUGAGGGGGUCAACUGGGCGCCAUGGAAAGGCCAUUUGUUCUCCAUCCCUUACACUGAAAUGAAGAUCCGUCCUCAAUCAUCCAGCAAUGAACCAAUCCUGGGGAGGAAAAAAAGGUCUCAGGCAGGGAAGAGGAAGACGACCAGGGCCUAA